AACCUAUCGCACACAUCCGCGUCCUUCGACCUAGUCGCCAGCGCAGUCGAGUGCCUGAGCAACGACACCCUCCUCGGGAAUGUCUUGACGCCGGCCGGCUGUGCCCGGCGGUGCAAGUCGACCCCGGGAUGCGAGUUCUUUGUGAGCGGGUUCGGUGACAAGGCAGGGCGGUGCUACCAGGAGUAUACGGCGAACGAGACGUGCAUCGAGGGCUGGGAAGUUGACCUGUACGACUUUUACAAGCUCAACGACUCGCCGGCAGACACGCCUGUCGACGGCGGAUCCACGCUUCUUCCCAGCCCUGAGCUCGACACGCAUGUUUCAUACGACCAGUGGACUUACGCGUCGACGGACGCGUCUUUCCAUCGCAUCAAGGCGGGCUACGAGUGCGACGACGGCGCAAACACAAAGCUCCGCGACGUGGACACGCCGCAGGAGUGUGCCGACAGCUGCGCCAAUUACGGCAACUGCACCUUCUUUCUGUACGGUUUCAACACUAAGCGGAAGCAGUGCUGGGUGGAGUGGACGCACUCUGCCGACUGCCCCGAGGGGUGGGAGAAGGACGACUUCGACUUCUACAUGCUGCUGCCCGCGGUCCCGCGCGCGCCGCCGUCGUCCCCCUCGCCACCCGCCCCGCCGCCCGCCCCGCCGCCGAUGCCACCGCCCGUGUACCCCUCCAUGGAGCACAGCACGGGCUUCAUCGCCGGCAUGCUCGCGGGGUCCGGCUUCAUGAUGGCCGUCACCCUGCUCCUCAUGAUCCCGCUGCUCACCAUCCUAGCCAAGCUUCUCCGGAGUCGGCAGCAGAAGCUCCUCAACGAAGCGACCUCCGACUCCGUCGACCCGGAGGACAUAGCGCCAGCGCACGAAAUGGCGCAAAUGUAGAAAAAAAUGCUGACUGAGUCGCCGACCGACCCGGGGCGAUGCGUACGGCUGUACUUGUAUCUCCCACCCGUACUAGUGAGAGAGUACGUACUCGUGUGCAUGACCGUGUCCCCAGAGAAAAUGCCGACGAGGUGUCCGUCCGUACUCGGGUCUCGUCAUCGCGUGAUGGCUUUCGUCGGGGAUACGGGAACGAAA